UAAGAGUGGUUGAUACAAAAUGCUUCAACACCAAAUUGCACAAUCCCCUGUGCGGCUAGGCCUUGCUAACCCUAACUCACCGUCGAUUUCAAACCCUACCCCUCAAAAGCCCCUUCCUUCACAGACCCAUCAUCAUCACACUGCUUUACUCUCUCUUCUCCCACCCCUCCCUAGAGCACAAGCACUUCUUCUUCAAAUGGCUUCCUCAGCAUCUAAGCUCUUUGAAACAUCAUCCAAGAGGCCCCUUUGGGUCACUGCAUUUCGUGGAUCAUUCCCAACCUUCCUUCCUUCCCAGGCCCAAGCACAUUUAUCUAGCCCGCUUGAGUCUUCUCCUUCCACCACCAAAGAAAUUAUUUCACUUUUCACCGUCCUUCAAACCCAAAUUGUUGAAGCAGUUGCUGAACUCCAAGAAAUUCUUGAUCUACAGGAUUCUAAGCAGAAGAUUGACCAGGAAAUUUGCUCGAAAGAUUUGGCACUUCUUGCAUUUGUCAACAAAUUCAAAGAUAUUGAGCGAGGACUUGACAUACUUGUUGAUGACUACUCUGAUUAUUGCCACAAUAAGAGAAUGAAAUUAGGAGGUAUCAAUGAAAAUGAUUCUUUGGCUUCCUCGACUGUAUCAUCCCUGCUGAAGUUUUCAGAUAUAUUGUCAUAUGCUCAUCGUGUAAGUUAUAUGACUUUUGCUCCACCGGAAUUUGGAGCUGGGAAGGCUUCUCUCCAUGGUGCAUUGCCACCUGCACCACAAGAAGAGCAAAUGAGAGCUUCACAGUUAUAUAAUUUUGCAGACCUUGAUAUUGGAUUGCCUAAAACAGUUGAAACCAAGGACAAAACAUUUGAGGCUAUUAUGGAACCUCCACCUCAACAAACUGUUGAUACAAAUCCUAUUGCGAAUUUUCCUGCAAUUCAAGGGAUGCUUCCUCCAAAUUUUACUGUGCCACCUGGUUGGAAGCCUGGAAUGCUUGUACAACUGCCUAUUGAUAUACCAAUUCAGCCUCCGCCUGGGUGGAAACCAGGGGAUCCUGUGCCGUUGCCUCCGAUGGAUUCUAUUCCAGUACCAAGAUUUGAGGAACAAAAAUUACAUCCUCACAUUCCUCAGCCCAAGCAGCCUGAAGUUAUUCAAGUGCAGCCAGUUAAUUUGGAUCUUGGAGGAAGUUAUAGUAGUGAUUAUAGUAGUGAUGAAGCCAGCUCUGAUGAUGAAGAAUGA